GUUGGUGAGGAUUCAACCUAUGCCAUCUUGCUCAAUCCUCAGUUCCUCACACAACGCUGAAAGCAAACACUUAGAACCAUGGAGUCCAAUCACCCAAAUCCUCAUGCAAUCAUGAUACCGCUUCCUCUCCAAGGUCAUGUUAACCCCUUCACCCACUUGGCCAUGAAGCUUGCAUCAUAUGGCUUCACCAUCACUUUUGUCAAUACUCAAUACAUUCAUCACCAGUUAACCAAAUCCAAAAUCAGUAACAACACUCCACAAGAGCAAGAUCAAGAUCAAGACCACAUCUUUGCGGCAGCGCGUGAGUCCGGUCUUGACAUACGCUAUAGAACAGUGAGUGAUGGUUUCCCACUAUCCUUCAAUAGGUAUCAGAACCUUGACCAGUUUCUUGAGGGUAGUCUUCAUGUCUUCCCUGCUCAUGUUGAUGAACUUGUUGGGGACUUGGUUAAGUCUGACCCCUCAAUCAAUUGUUUGAUUGCUGACACCUUCCACAUUUGGCCAGUAAUGAUAGCCAACAAAUACAACCUCAUCAAUAUCUCCUUCUGGACUGAACCAGCUUUAGUCUUGAACAUUUACUACCACUUGGAUCUUCUCAGACAACAUGGUCAUUUUGGUUGUCAUGAUAAUUGUGAGGACACCAUAGAUUACAUACCUGGUGUGCAGGCUAUUGAACCCAAGGACUUGAUGUCACACAUACACAUUACUGAUACGUCAUCUCCGAUGCUGCGAAUCGUUAAGAAGGCGUUUCGUGAAGCUCAGAGGGCAGAUUUUAUGCUGUGUAAUACAGUUCAAGAGCUUGAAGCAGAGACUCUUUCAGCCUUGCAAGAGAAGCAACCUACAUAUGCAAUUGGCCCUGUCUUCCCUACUGAACCCACCAAGAGAAUUGUGGCUACCAAUCUGAAGUCCGAGAUUGACUGUACACAAUGGCUCAAAACCAAGCCUCAAGGUUCAGUUUUGUAUGUCUCAUUUGGUAGUUAUUGUCAAGUUACUAAAAAUGAGUUUGAGGAAAUAGCUCAGGGGCUUUUGCUUAGUAAAGUGAGUUUCAUUUGGGUACUACGCCCUGACACUAUAAGCUAUGAGGAAGAAGGGUAUAUUGUUCCAUUUGGAUUGGAAGACCAGAUUAGUGAUAGAGGGUUAAUGGUGCCUUGGUGUUCUCAGAUUGAGGUACUCUCAAAUCCAGCAAUAGGAGGGUUCUUAACUCAUUGUGGAUGGAACUCCAUACUGGAAAGUAUGUGGUUUGGUGUACCAAUGCUGUGCUUUCCUAUUUCAACUGACCAAUUCACUAAUAGGAAACUAUUGGUUGAUGAUUUGAGGAUUGGUCUCAAUCUUUGUGAUAGGAAGCCAAUCACAAGGUUGGAGGUAGCAAAGAGGGUCAACCAUCUUAUGAGUGAAAAUUUGGGUGAUGGAAUAUGGCAGAAGGAGAUCAAGAAGGUAAGAAAGACAUUAGAAGAUGCUUUGGCUGUAACUGGUUCAUCGCAACAGAGUUUGUGCCAAUUUAUUCGUGAUGUAAAGGCCAAAAUUCAAACACGAAUUUGAGAGUUAAUUAUGAGUCAGUUGUAUGUGAUUUCCUAUAAUAAUGAGUCUCAUAAGAGAGGUUCUAUAACAAGCAAGGCUUCCAUAUUGACACGAUCCAGUUCUGCUUCAUCAUCCUCAUAUUCUCUUUGUUUUCUUUGUCAUUGGGUAAGAAAUGGCAAGUCCAGACUAGAAGAGAGUGAGAAACAUACCAAGAACUUAUCAUCCAAUCGACCAAGCUUGUAUGAUCGACAAAUAUUUUGGGCCACAAAUGACUGUAAAUGCAGUUUAAAUCCUAAAUUUAAUUCUCUACAUGUUGCAUCAA